CAGCGGAAUUAGUGCCGUGGCAGUUCGCUCAUGAUUCCUUGUUUCUCUUCUCCGUCGAGUGAAGUUUCACGAGAGAUCCAAAAGGCGAAAAACUCUUACCUCCCUCCUCCGUCUCACCGCCGCCGCGACUCAGCCGUGAACUAGCAUUCUCGUGUUUAAAGAGAGAGGAUUCAAAUGUCUAACGCAGAGGAUAAUAAAUCUUCCAAUGAUCAGCUCUCGUCCCAGGUUUUUCUUGAUCUUGUAGACUCGGUGAUUGCUGACGUGGCAUCCGAGUGUCACCGGAUAGCGAGACUAGGGCUUGACCGAGACUUGGAGGUAGUAGAAGAAGAGUUGAGGUUAUCAGUGGAAGCGCGUGCUAAAGUUGCUGAUCCUAGCAACAACCUAGAGGCCAACACUAAAUACGUUGUUGAUAUAUUUGGUCAGAGCCACCCUCCUGUAGCUACUGAGGUGUUCAACUGUAUGAACUGUGGGAGACAGAUCGUUGCGGGGAGGUUUGCUCCUCAUUUGGAAAGAUGCAUGGGGAAGGGAAGAAAGGCUCGCGCCAAGGUGACCAGGAGCACAACUGCUUCCCAGAAACGGAGCUCACGACGCAACCCAAGUGAUAACCAGUUAGCAAGUGGUCCACCUGGUUUUGAAGAGAACGUGAAAAGGGCUUGAAGGAGGACAACCUAGGAGAGGCUUAUGCUGAACUGCAAUGUGGCUAGUAACUGCCUCAGACCGGAUUGGUAUGAAUCCGUGGUUUAUAUUCAGUGUGCACAAAAAGAGAAAAAGUAAGUAGCUGAGGUUUAUAAUAUUGUUAUUUCACCAGGUUAUCAGCCUUGGCAUGUCAGUCUACAGAUUGAAAUGAAAUGACUCUUUGGGUACAAUGGGUAUAUUCACCUUGCAAACUAGUAUCAGAUAAACUUUGUAGAUUCACCUUGUUGGAAGAAAGCUUAGCAACCUCA